AUGAAUCAAUUAGAGGGUCGAAAGUUGAAAAUCUCCGUCGUUACACCAAGCCACAAUCGAGUCGAGUAUCUAAAAGUGGCCGUUAUGUCUGUUCAAGUAAACGUACUUGCACCAUUGGAUAUUGAAUUCGAACAUAUCAUUCAUGAUUGCGGCUCAACAGAUGGAACAAAAGAAUAUUUUAUUGGUAAUUUACCACCAGAACGUAUUUUCCACAUCAAAGAUCAAGGAGAUAACAAGGAAUCAACAAAAGACCGCCAAUGGAUUCAAGCAACAAAAGAUCUGCGCAAAGAUGUGCCACCUAGUCAGGCACGAAAUAUAUGUAUUCAGAAAGCAAGCGGGCAAUUCAUUUGCGUUUUAGAUGACGAUGAUGUUUUUCUUCAACGUACAAUUCACAAUUUCGCUUCGGCCAUUCUUUUAAACCCAACAAAGAAAUUUUUCACAUCGGACUUUUUACGCGUCAAUGAACAUUUACAAUACAUGCCAAAGGAAGACUAUUAUGGAUGGAUUUAUUCAUCACCACACGAAAUGUUACAAGCCAUUUUCGACAGUUGUCAUUUUAUUCAAGGCAAUGUAUGCUUUAGUAAAAAGCUGUACGAUGAAGUAGGCGGAUAUGAUGAAUCCGUUGGUAUGGCUGAAGAUUUAGAUCUUUAUGUACGUUUUCUUAUCCAUGGGCAUUUGAAUGUUUAUCUGCCAAUGAUCUCGCAUUUACAUCGUAUGCAUACAGCAAAUUUCUCAAUUGGAUGUGAUCGAAAUAAGCAUUAUUCUGAUUUGAAAGAUAUUUAUCGACGAAAUGAAAACACGCUGAAGGGCAUGGGUAUUCAAUUACGAUUGAGUGAAUGA